AUCCGAGUAAGAAGGAAACAUGAGAACUACAUGUGUUCAUUAAACUAAGCCAUGCAUAAUAAACUCCACCUUAGAAACGAAUUGAUUACUAUAUAUAUAAUAUAUAGAUAUAGAUUUCUCUUCGUACACGAAUCAUAUAUAUCACCUUCGCUAGCUAGUGUACUGAGUUCAAUGAAGAUACAUGCCAUAUUGGUAGUAGCGUUCUUGGUCCUGAUGAAGACCGCCGUUUCCCAGGACAAUAAUCCGCUGGAACAUUGCAGAGACGUGUUCGUGAGUUUCAUGCCCUGCAUGGGCUUCGUCGAGGGAAUAUUUCAACAACCUUCUCCAGAUUGCUGCAGAGGCGUGACCCACUUGAACAACGUCGUCAAGUUUACGUCUCCAGGAUCGAGGAAUAGGCAGGAUAGUGGAGAAACAGAGAGAGUGUGUCUGUGCAUUGAGAUAAUGGGAAAUGCAAAUCAUCUUCCUUUUCUUCCCGCCGCUAUUAAUAACCUUCCUCUCCGUUGUUCUCUUACUCUCAGCUUUCCCAUCUCCGUUGAUAUGGACUGUUCUCAGUUCAGAAACACCAAGAAUCCCGACGUUGAGAAAUUAAAUUAACUACCAGGAUAUAUAUCUAUGAAUAUUGGGAAGGGAAGCCUUGUAACAGUUCUAUAUAGUUACAAAUGAUAUAUAAUCGAGUUUAUUGUAGAUGUAAUAGUGACUAGUGUUACAAAAGUACGAAGAAUUUUCUGUAAGCGAUUAUAUAUAUGUAUAUUCAUCAGAUAUGGCUUC